CUGUUUACAGGAAGACAAUAUCAGAGCCGAUUCUAGUUAAACCCUUUUAAAACAUAAACAAACAGGAAAUACCACGUUUAUCUACACGCACUGUGGAAAUAUCACACCUCAUGUUGCCGCACAAGAGACCGGAAAAUGUCAAGCAAUGACAUACCAAGAACCCGAGAUGAAGUAAUACACAUCAUUUUUUUUUCUAAAGGUUAAGAGCACCAAUAUCGUUAAAAGAUUUAGAGACACAGAAUGCAAACUGGAUACAUUCUUGGGCUUUUGAGCCUUCCCAUUUUCUUGGAAGGAUGCUGUCCGAAAAACCAUCAAGUGAAAAUAACAGGGGUUCAGCCACAGCAGCACUACAGAGCUGUGGAGGGGGAGAUCUUCAUGAUGCCGUGCAUACAGUCUUUGAACCACAAGCAGAAGGUGUGGUCCAGGACUGGAGAAGGAGAUGAAGGAAAUCAUGACAUCCCGUGUGAAACGCUGUUCACAGUGGAAGCAAAACAUUCUGGAAAUUACUCAAGUGGCAGCGAGUUUUUCCUUUACCUGCACGUGGUGGCGAGAUCCAGUGUGGGAUGCUCCACGGCGGAGGAGAGCAGUGUAGUGCUGGAGCGGGAUAAAGGUGGGAAGGUGCCCUGCCCAGGUCUCAACUGUAGUAACAACACAGAGGUCAUCUGGUACAAGCUUCAUACACCUAUGUCUUCUCGGCAAGGCCGAGACUCCUGUGUGGACGAGACUGGGCGGUUACAUCUCUGUCAAGUCUACAAAGAGGACACUAGUGUGUUUUUCUGCGACAGAAAGAUAAUUGAUCAAGGACUCACAUGGACCCUCAGGAGAGCUGUUAAUGUCACAGCUGCACCUGAACCACCAAGUGACCCUCCCAGGGUUGAUAAGCCCUGUGGCAUUGAGACGCAUGAAGUGGAGCUUGGUCAUUCCCACACUCUGGUGUGUGAGGCGAGUUUUAUAACUGAGAAAACCUUAUCAGUGGAAUGGUACAUGAAUUACGGUGGCAACCUGGAGAAUAGGACUCUACUACCCAUGGAGGAGCAAAAGGAGAAAGAAGUGGGACGUGCACAGAGCAAAGUCUCAAGAGACGCUAUCAUAGAAAAGGUGACUCUACAACACUUGAAGCACACAUAUACCUGCAUCGCCAAAAACAGUGUUGGAAACAGCACUGGCACCAUCAAGCUCAAGAAGAAAAUUAAAGUACAUUUGCCAUCGCUGGUUGGGUAUCCAUUUGCAUCUUUGUUGCUGAUAUCUGGACUAGGAAUCAUCUUGCACGUGAAAUGGCUGGAAAUACAGCUUAUCUACAGAUCUCGUGUACAACACGGAAAACAUGACAAGGAUGAGAAAGAAUUUGAUGUGUUUCUGUCGUUUGUAUGGAGCCCAUCAGUAGAUUUGGAGGGAGUUUUGACCCUUUCCGCACAGAAAGGACCUCAUGAGGAAGCAUGUUUAUCCAGCAUGGACCUGCUGAACAUUGAGGAGGGUAAAUCCACCUUAGAAGUGCUGCUACCCCGAGUGUUGGAGGACCAGUGGGGGUAUCGCCUGUGUCUGCUGGAGAGGGACGUUCUUCCUGGAGGAGCAUACACAAAUGAUGUGGUCCUUGCUAUACGCAGAAGUCAGAUGCUGAUCUGUGUCCUGUCAGCUGACUAUCUCUCCAACAGCAAUGCUUUGUUCGUGCUGGAAUCGGGAGUUCAGGCUUUGCUGCAAAACACUGCCCUUAAAGUCCUGCUGAUUUGGACCACUAGAGACUCAGCAGCCCUCAUCCAGCCGGACCCCCCGCUGCCAGCACUGGUCAAAAGGGCCUUGAAGGUGCUUCCCAGUCUGGACUGGAGCUCAGGCAAAACUGCCAGGACGACCAGCAGCUUCUGGAGGUCUCUGAGGAAGGCCAUGCCCAGUCAAAGAGUGAACAUGGUUUCCCUCAUGCAGGGACAAUUAACAGACUGACCAAUAACUUAAUUCUAAAAUGUUCAGUUCAUUUAUUUUAUAAAGCAGCUUGUAUUAUUGGAUUAAGCAUCAUGGACCUGUUGCAGGCCAACGCAAGUGAUGGGGAAAAAGUGAGUCACCAUUUGUUGCACUCAGAGCAGGAGUGUAUGCUGAUCUUUAAUUUCCAUCUGUACCACUACUGUGCUAAGUGUAACAUGUAAGUAAUAAUUACCGUUUCAUACAACACCGGCAUUAAACAUUAAGAAUUAAAUAAAUGAGGGAUUUCUGAUAUUACAUAGUCAUGAUCAAAAUAUAACCCAAACAAUGUUUACAUUUGUACUUAUAUUACCUUUAAUAUGGCUGUUUGUAAAGGUUUAAGAACAGUAAACUUGUCAGUUGUAGAUCAUCUGUCUCAGCAUACAGCAAUAAACAUUUGACACAA